AUGCCGCUCCCCAAGGAGCUCGGCAACUUUGCCAAAUCGGGGCUCUUGCCCUCGUUCACAGGCGGCUUGCAAUUUGACGCCCCAACUGUGCCAAUCGACGUGCUCCACCUCUACACAUGGAUUGGUCUCUUCGUCAUCCCGCUCAGCAUAUCCUUUGCCUACUUCCAUGACCUCUCCCUCGCGGCAAAGCUGGGCUACUCCUUUGCCCUUUCGGCCUUGUUCGUGCUGGUACAAGUCAUCAACGCAGAACUGCACAAGACGUUUGAUGAGAAGGAGCCACGCCUACCGGAGCGGCCACCACGUGCCAUUGACAGCGCGGGCACCCUGUCCCCCAUCGACGAAGAGCCCACCGCUGACGAUGCUGCUGCUGCUGCUGCCGCGCGUGCCAGCACACCGGCGUCGCGCGCAGGACACCGCGGCAACAAUGACGCAAAUACCACUACCAACAGCAGCGGCAACACCGCCAGCAACCCACCUGGACCGUCGUCGACAUCAUCACCAGCGUCAUCAGCAACAGCAACAGCGGUGCCCGCGGCACUGCGUCACCUGCUGCGCAACCCAACGGCGUACGACCCCAUUGGCGAGCCAACCCACAUGAGCUUUGCCGAGCUGAAGCAGAGCGACCAGCUCUACAACCGCCCGGGCUCGUUUAUUGUUGGCGGUCCCAUCGACCCCAUGUCUCUCAACUUCCCAGCAGAGGACACGCAGCGCUGGCUUCACGGUCCUAUGACGCGCGGGGAUGCUGCCGACAUCCUCAACGCCAGCCCAUACACAGACUGCUUCCUGUUUCGUGAGAGCAUCAGCCAGACGGGCUCGCUCGUCUUCUCGUACAGGAGCGGCGAUCGCGUGAUCCACAGCAUCAUCGGGCACCGGUUCGACGGCUACUUGGUCAAGCACGUCAUGUGCUCAUCGCUCGGGCAAGUGGUUGGGGUGCUGUUUGACGGUCACACAACGCCGUUUGUCAUCACACCCGUUUUUGCCGACGAGGACUUGCGGGCAGCGCAGGUUGCACUGCACAACGAGCGUGAGGGCGCACAGAAGGGAGCAACGGCAUCGGCUGACACCACAUUCCUGAAUCAGCAGCGCCUGAAUUUCUUCAAGAGGAAAUAUGCGUCGUUUGUUCCUGCCGCCUUUGACUGGGACGAGCUUGCGACAAUGACACCACCAGUGGCGAGCGAGGGCGAUGUGCGGUCCAUGUGCAUUGCCGCUGCUCUCGCCGCCUGCUCCGAUGCCCGCGACACCUACCUCACCAACGCUGGCGUCUACGAGGCAAUUGACGAGCUUGGGCCUGCUGGGCGGUUUAAGUGGAUGGCGCACAAGCUGGACCGGCCCAUCUCUCGUCUUGAGCGCGGCACGCUCGUGCGUCUCGCCAAGCUGCCCAUCGAUACAGAGGCGGCCGUUCAGCAGAUUUUGUCGGGCGACCCACCAGAUGAGGAUGAUUUUGACGACGAUGACGACGACGACGACGACAAUGAUGAUGAUUUUGAUGAUGACGAUGAGGCAGGCGAUGCUGGCCACGAUCUGAAGCCCGCACACGACACCAACUCAUCAUCCUCGGAGGACGAGGAAGAGAUGGCGACCAACCUUGCCUCGCUCGGCUUCCCGUUGACGCGGGCGGCUGCGUCGCCGCCACUGCCACCGCGCCGCUACAGCCACGCGCACUCUGCCCAGCACUCAGCAGCAGCCCUCCCGUUUCUCACGCCACAGGACCAUGUGGCCUUUGAUAUGACGCGGAACGAGGCCCAGCGCCUGUGCGAGCGCGCUGCUGCGGCUGCGUCUGAUCUCGCCGUUGUUGUGCAGUCCGCGGACGGCGCCUCUGUGGGCGACACCGUCACCAUUGCUGAUGGCAACCCCGGCCAGGACUCGUUUGUUGCAAAUCGCAACAGCGAUCAGAUUGUCUUGCCCAAGCAGUCGGCCAUCCCUCUUGCUGCAGGCUUCUCAGCCGGCCUGUUCCUUGUUCGCAAGGUUACGCGCAACGGAGAAGCGCGGUUUGUUUUGCACACAUACAAGAAGGACGACGACUCUGCACAGAUCCUCCAGCACGACGCUCCUCUGCGGACCAUGCUUAUGCGGCGCUACCUGCUCAGCCUCUACAACCACGACGUGGGGCUGCGUCACGUCAUCCUGCCAGCGCGAUCAAACGCACUCAUUCCGGCCGUCCAGUGCAGAAUGGCGCCACUGGCACGCCCCGCUGGGUCGCUUGCCGGCCCGUUUCCACAGCCCAUCCAGCCUCUCGAGCACUUUGCCUGGCUCAUGCUGGAUGUGUGCGGCAUCCGAGAUGCCACCUCCCACAAGCGCAAGAACUCAAACAUCCCGAACGAUGACGAUGACACCAACAAGGGCGACAGCGAAGAUGCCGGCAGUUCCUCGUCCUCCUCAUCGUCCACUGUUGGGGGAGGCCAGCACCGAAAGCAAUACGUCUGCCAAGUGCUGCCGGGCCACUUUGCGGUGUUCAUGGCUGAUGUGACCCUGUCGCCUGACCGCGAGUGGGUGUACUCGCUGCUCAUCACGGGCACAUCGUCUGUCUUCCUGGCUCGCGUCACCCAGGACGACGCAGGCCUCAAGCUCGAGGGUGAACGGGCCACGUUUCCAACAAUCAACCACUUGCUCGAACACUACAUGAAGUACCACAUGCCAACGACCGAGAUGAUUGAUCUUCUGCACCCCGAAACAAGUGACGAGGACGACAGUGACGGCGACGACAGUGGUGACGAUGGAGCGUCUCGCAAGACUUCGAAAUCCGGCGCGCAGUCGCAGCAGGCUGCAGAACAACACAAGCCGCCUGUGGUACUGCGGCGCAUGCUGUCUGUUGUUGCCGUGCCUCAAUCGGCGCGCGAAGACGCCAGGCACCAGCAGCAGGGACGCCACCCGUCCCCACCGUUCACCCCCGAUGACGACUUGUCAAUUGACCUCGCCCUCUUCUCCCGUGGAUCCAUGCGUGAUCAGGUCCCUAGCAGCCGUGCCAGCCACGCCACCAGCGCCGUCCACACCCCGCACCGCAACUCUCCACUCACACACGCACCCGUCACUGCAACAGGAGGCGACAGCAUUGAGACUGGCAAAGGCAACAAUGCCAACUUGCAGGAGCACGGAGGCAAUGGCAUGAACGAAGAUGAUAGUGAUGAUGACGGUGACAGCGAGCCACAUGCGCAGACUAGUAGCACAUCGCGUCGCGAUCGCCGAAGACACCGCAGGCAGAAGAGGCGGCAGCAGCGCGCAAAACAACACAAGGAGGCUGGUGCAAGCCAGGGCAGCAGUGGGGAUUGCGAGAGCAGUCGUCAUGGUGGUAAUGAUGGUGUUGACAAUGAUGACGAUGAUGAAGAUGGUGCUGAGAAAGGUGUCGGCAUGCAGAGACGACCAAAUACAGACAGCGCAGAAGAAGGGCAGGGCAGCGAUGGUGAUGCUGAUGAGUACCAGAUCAGUGACGAGCGGUUCAGUGUUGCACUGCGCGAUGCAGACAACACGUAUGACGAUGGGCAUGGUGAAGGCGCAUUGCAGCGGAGGUCUGUCGCGCAUGCAAGCACGCUGGCCCUUGAUGGCGGGCGGGACGUGACUGCAGACACAUCCGAGGGGGAGCUCGAGCACACAACGGGCCGCAGCGGUGACGACUAUGAUGAUGGCGGCAGCAGCAAUAGCAGGAACGCGGUGUCCGACACAGCACAGAGGAGAGUACAUCACCGACCCUCUUCAUCGUCCUCAUCGUCAUCAUCAUCAUCAUCAUCAUCUCGGAAUGGGGAGGAAGAUACCACAGCGACAUCCUCGCUCGCCGUCCUUCAAGACCGACUCUCAAGUGGCGGGGUUGUGCUCCGCGUACCGCCGUUGCCGCCACGCGCGUCCACCACGUCCAUCCUCGCCUCUGCGGGCUCUCUCAUUGACGAUGACGAGAACAGGAGCAGCAGUGACGGCGGUAACGGCAGUGGCGACAGAUACGAAGACGCUAGGCUUGGUGGCCUGCACCUUGUGGACACCAGCGAGGGUGCGCGGGCACGCAGCCCUUAUGCCGCCAGCAGCACCGCCGCCACAAACACAGACGUGUCCACAACGGCCGCUGUUGGCAGCGCGGUCGGUGACGGCACCGUUGGUGGUGAUGGCGCGAGCAGCAGCGCCUCCGAUGACGAUCACCAACACGGGCAUGGCGCUAAUAAGAACACCGCUUCAGCGCAACAAACUCCACCGCACCAGCCACCGUCACCAUCAUUUUCUUCUUCCUCCUCCUCACGUUCUGGUUCGUCUUCAUCCUCCUCCUUGUCUUCAUCGGCAUCGUCUUCGGCCACAUCUCACAAGGGAGCUCAAGCAAGCGGCAGCGGAAGAGACAGUGCCCGUGGCGGUGAUGGCGAGGACGACGACGCUGCGUCCGACACCAACUACGACAACACCACCAACAGCGGCAGUGAGAUUGACGCAGACUCACCGCAGCAAGUUCACCUCGAGGCACCCUAUGGGAUGGUGAACAUGAGUGAUGAAAGCGGCACACACAACCGUGGUGCAGAGCACGGUGAUGACGACGCCGGCAAUGAUCAUGGUGGUAACACCAUCGCCGCCACCACUGCCCACGCAGCGAUUACGGCUGCCAGCAGCGCAACAGACCAACAACAGCAAGAAGAGUGUACGACCGCACAAGGUGACGCAGCCACCGCAGCAGAUGCUGAUGGCGAUGCUGAGAGGCGUCGUAGUCGCCGCCGUCCCCGCCGCGCUCAUCCCCACCAGCGCACGCGUCUUGGGCGUCGACGCGCUUCCCUCAGGGACACAAAUGCAGAAGAACAAGCUGCCAUCACGCCGGCGACAGCAGCUACUGGCACUGCCACUGCUGCCACUGCCACUGCUGCCUCCACUUCCAGCUCCACGUCGACAAUCCUGACGCCUGCCCAUGUACCGCCACGGCAGCGCUCACGCCAACGCAAGGACAAGGGCAAGGGCGGGCUGGCAUGGCACCCUUUGGGAUGUCUGCCCACGGUGUUUGUGCGCUUCCAUCGCCAGGACCUGCUGCAUGUGAUUGAUUACCAUCACCGGCUCAUUGACCGGUUGUGGGCCGCCGUGCUCAUGUUCGGCACAACGCUGGUUGCCUUUGAGCUGACGCGCCUCUUCUGGGACGUGGGCCUGGUCAUGCUGUGGGUGAGCGCGGCCAGCGCGCAGUAUGCGCUGCUCAAGCACGCACGCACAGACUCGUUUGCGUCGCUCAUUGACGACAAGGCAACGGCGUUUGCCCGCGCCCUCUACUUUGUCAUCUUCGGGCUGCUUGCGCUUUUGUUUGAUGCUGCAUUGGACUGGCCGCACACCACCGACCGCCUCUACGGCGUGCCCGUCGCCUCCGCCGCCACCUUACGCAACCUGCGGGAUCUUUUGCUCACGGUCGUGGCCAUCCUGCCCGUGCUGUUUGUGUUUGGCGUGCUCCCUGUGCUUCGCACGGCGGCGCACCACGUCCUUGAGCAGCUCGACCUGCACGUGUUUGGCGGCGAGGGGACACAGUCAACAGCCGCAGCCUUUAGCCAGGUCUGCCUCGCCAUCGUCUCUGCUGGCAUCCUCUUUGUCAUUGCGCGAACGACAGUCGAUGACGAGGUAUCUGGCGUGUUCUCGCUUGUGUGCGGCGUGUGCAUUGGCCUUGCCUCCUUCCUCGCCCGCACACCAUCCUCCACACCGCUGCUGGUCAUCAAGCACAUUGGCCGCCGCGUGCGCACCCUAUUCCACCAGCGCCCUCGUGGACACGGGGCUGGCAGCAGCAGCAGCAGCAGCGGCGGCGGCGGCAGCGCCGAUAGCAGUAGCAGCACCGAUAAUCACGGGAGCAAUGGUGAUGGCGAGGGUAGCGACAACGACAACGCAAACAGCGACAGUGGUGACAACGGGGAGACGGCGGCCACAGGCAACACCAACCCGUCCAGCCCCGAUGACUCUGCAACAGGCGCAGGCGCGGCACAGGCAAACACCGCCAACAACAACAACAACAACACCACUACACCCAGCACCAGUAGUGAUGACAACAACAUCAACAACAACGGCAACAGCAGCUCGGAAGUUGAUGGCGCCGGAGCAGAUGGCGAGGCUCGUGAUGCGGGCGAUGUUGACGAAGACGCGUUUGUGUGGCUGUCGCGGCUUGGCUGGGACGUGGUGCUGCUGGUGUGCCUGUCUGGGCUGUGGUACUUGAUCAACCUGACGGGCUUGUUUACGACAAACACGCGCGUCAUUCGAGAUGUCACGGUCGCGCUCAUUGGCGUGCUCAGCCUCGUCAGCAACAUCCUCUUGCUGCAGGCGCGCGCCACGCACCCGUUUCGUGUGCUGAAGAACCCCGUGUUUGGACACAUCCCAACAACGGGCUUCAACGCGCCACCGGUGGUCACCACGUGGCACGAGCACUGCGUGUACUGGACGCGUGCUGUUGCCGUGCAUGUUGUUGCGCCCGUAUUUGUCAUCAACGAGAUGCACGACAGCGCCCCGCGGCUCGUGGACCGGUGGGGCGUGGAGGUCGGCGCGCUGCUGCUCGCCAUCGGCAGCUUCAAGAUUGCCCGCGCGCGCCUCGGUGACGGCAGCAUGUUUGCACUGGCCGUGGUGCUGUCGUACCUGUUUUUCCGCUUUGACUUUGAGUCCUCAUCGGAGGGCGGGGUGGUGGACCUCUUCUUCGUGCUCAUCAUUGUGCAGAAGACACAGGAGUUUCUCCUCAAGCUGCGCUUCAUCUUCACGUACAACGCGCCCUGGAACGUCAAGCAAAUCUGGGGCUCGGAGACGCACGCGGUGCUGUACCCGCUCUCCAUCGCCCACGGCGCCGUGAUGACCUUCCAGGCCAUGAUUGCCGCUGUCAUCUCUGCGCCCGUGUACCCGCUGCUCGGGUCCUCUGUGUUUCUCGUGUCUUACUUCCGCCCGCUGCGCUUCUGGGAGCGCAACUACGAGACGCGCCGGCUGGACGACGAGAACAUGCGGCUGGAGUCGUCGCUCAAGCCCUCGGGCGCAACAGCAAACAACCUCAACUCGCUCUUCUACCAGGAGGUGUGCCAGGAGCUGGAGCGGCGGCUUGGGCGAGACAUCAUGCUCGGCCGCAUGGGCCAGGUCUCCCCAGGCGACGUGCUGCUGCUGCUGGACAACGACAACAAGAUGACGCUCUUCCUGCACGUGAUUGAGCUCGGCAACGGGUACGUCUCGUUUCAGGUGCGCGGGCUGGAGUUUGUCGGCACCUUCUGCCAGGCGCGGGAGGUGGAGGCGCUGGAACACGACCAGCGCGAUGAGUCGCGCGUGUGCUGCUGCACCACGACCACGUCCCAGCGGGUGUGGCCCUCACUCAUGCUCGCCUUCAACGCCGUGGCGCAGCUGCGCUGGGUGACGUGGCAGCACGUGUCGCCCGCGUAUGUGCUGGACGGGUACAGCAUCAGCCACCUGGCUGCCCAGCCGCUCUUCUCCUCCUACGAGAUGCGCCAGACACUCAUGGACUGUCUCAACAAGGCCAUCAUCUACUACGCGGUGCGCCACCCGCGCCUGGUCGAGUGGCUGCGCGCCGAUGCCGUGCAGGCUGCGACGGGCGCUGUCACCACGGAGUACGUUGAUCGCGACGCCCUGUUCAACCGCAUGUGCGACCCGGACUACGACCGGCACGCGAUGGGCGUGUCGCUGCGCUCGUUCUACGGCGUGUACGACGACUGGAUCGCCUGCUGCACAAAGCACGUGUCGCACGAGGCCAUGAGCGGGCGCGAUGAGGCUGACGUUGCGCUGGUGCGGGACUCGGGCAGGGACAGCGUGGUCACCAAGUUUGUGUUCCUUGUGUGCUUGCUGGCCCGGCGCAUGAUGCUGGAUCGCGCGCGCCGCAUGUCGCACGUCGAGGACUCGUUCAUCCACGGGUUCCACGGCCUGUUCCGUGGUCGCCUGCAGCCGGACAACUACAAGGACGAGUGGGUGUUUUUCGACCCCACCAUCCUGACGGAGGUUGUGUUCCCCGGUGCGCGCAUGGGCCUGCGGCUGCGGCAGGACCACUUCACGGAUCCAGACGAGUACACCGACGUGGAGAACUUGUGGGACUCGCUCGAUGACUACGACAGCAGCAAGGGGCCGCUGCGGCUGCGCAUCUACAACGAAACGGAUCCUCGCUGGCGGGAGUCUGUGCUCAACGCCUUUCCGUCACUGCUCUCCUUGCGCUGGAACAUUGAGGACUCGAGCGCCAACAAGGAGUUCUUUGUCGUGUCGCUCGUGCGGCAGCGCCGGUCCUACAAGGUGUUCAAGGUCAACCGCGAGAGCGUGCGCGGGCUGUGGGCGGCACAGCAGCAGGAGGUGAUUUACUUCAAGACGACGCACUCUGAACGCGGCAGCAUCCAGAACGCAAAGUGCGUGUUGCGCAACCUCAUUUCCCAGUCCAACGACCAACCCGUCGGGUAUCCCAUCUACGUCUCGCCCAUCAUCACGUCCUUCGCCUGCAAGCCGGACAUGCCCGGCCCACUGGCGGUGCUGGCGCAGCGCCUCCGCGCGUUUAUGGCCUUCUUGCUGCGCGCUGCGGGGACCAACAGCGCAAGGCAGCAGCGCCAGCAGCAGGCGCAACUGCAGCAGCAAGCGAGAAGACGACCCCACUCCCGAACCAGAAAUAACCCUGACGCUGGCGGCGGCGGCAGCGACGAUAAUGGCGAUGGCGGCGCAGCUGACAGCAGUCACGACGAUGCCAGUGUCGGCAAGCAGGGCGAGGACCGCACCAACACCGAUGCCGAAGCAGUGCAUGGCCCAGAUGCAACCCCAUCUGGCGUUGGCUCAUCGCUCGAGAGCACGUCAGCGACAGGUGGCUCCGGCGCCAAUGGCAGCGCGCAGGCAGAUGGGCACACGGAAGCCAGCAGCACCCAGAACCACGGUGACAGCGCAGCCACUGAUGCCGAGGCUGUUGGGAACGAAGGCACGCAGAUGCCUGGCAUUUAUGACUUUUGUCUUCACGACGAAGACGUGUACGACCAGUGCUCUGAGCCCGCGACAGCCUCCAAGGAGAGCGAAGAGGCAAAGGAGGAGCAAGACGAAGACGAAGUCGAAGUUAACGAAGCGCAAAAGGAUGCGGUGACUCAGCCGCCGUUCUUGUACAGCGAGGAGGAAUUGUAUGAGGAUGUGGGUGACCCACGAGCAGGAUCUACCGCGAAACAACAGACUCGAGCAGAGCAGCAGAGGUCGCGGAAUGUUGUUGAUCUGGUCCACGACGAUAUGUAUGAGAUGUUGGAGGGGGAAACGAGGACGAACACGGCCUGCGAGGACGUGAGUGUUGGCGGCGUUGGGAUUGGUGAAGGCGACGGCGAUGCUGUUGCGGAGACUUGCCUGAGAGGCGUGAUGGACGUGACGGCCACCAACACGCGAGGCGUUGGCGCGCCCACGAACGAAGCCACACCAUCCAAGGCGUCAUCCACCGAUGAGAACAGCAGCGCUGCAGACGAGAGCAUUCUGCAUUCGUCGCUGCCACAAGCUAGCCGGGUAUAA